UUUCCUGCCCAGACGUCUUGGCAGCUGCCACUGCCAUGGAGACCAGCUUGGAAGCUGGGACGACCUCAGUCUCUCUGGCUGCUCUGAGCCAGUGAUCAGGAGGAAGAGGCCAGGGGCUGGACUAGCUGCAGGGACCCCCCCCCCACCCCAGGCUGGACCCCACCCUGGAAUAGAUCUCAGCCCCAGCUCCCUCCUUGGUCAGAAGUCGGAGGUUGGGGCGUCAAAGGCCACACCUAUCUCAUCUCCUCUGCAGACAUGUUUAUCACCGUGAUGUUUGGAGCUGGCUGCCGGGAGCUGGUGAACCCCUGGUGCAGCCUGGUGACUCUCACGGCCCACCUGAGGCAGAGAGCGCAGGUGCCCCCAGGCACGACCAUCGCCCUCCUGGCUGAGGAUGGGCAUCUGGUGAGCCUGGUCGAGGGUCUGGAGGAGGGGGCUUCCCCAGCCCCCUCCAUGGGCAGCCCCCUGCUGCAGGAGCGUGCGACCUAUGUCCUUGUGCAGAGCAUCAAGGGUGAGGGCGGGGCUCCCACUCGCUAUGAGUCCCUACUGGAGAAGCUGGAUGACUGGUGUCCAGAGCUGGCAGAGGAGCUGCGCUGGCUGUCGGGCCUACCCGCCAUGGGCGAUGGCCGGAGGAGGCGCAUGGGCACUCGGCAUGGCCACCAGGAGCAAGGCCCUCCUUCAAGGCCCCGAAGGGUGGGCUCCCUGCCACCCAGGACCCGAUAGUGGGGGCCAGGAGCCAGCAGGCCCUGUGACCGGGCACACCACAGCCAAGUGGCGGAGCCGGACCCAGAUCCAAGGGGGCUGCCUGUGGCCUCUGCCUUGUGUGAUCAGAACCAGCCAGCCGGGGGCCCAGCAGCAUUCCUCUUGCAGUAUCUGAUAAGCUCUAUCAGCAAGAGGGACAAGGUCAGACAGAGGUCACUGACAGACAGAAGGCCAUGGGGUGCCCCUAGGAUGUGGGUGCACAGAAAGGGACCCAGAGGCAGCGACAAGAAGGGUGGAGGGGGCAGGCGCCCCUGAGACAAGGAGAUAAGAUCCUCCAGGGAUUCCAGCCCCCAGAGUGGGACGACCUUGGGGUCACCCACUAAGCCUCGCCACCUCCCUUUGGAC